AUGUGGAGAUGUUUAUCGGGUGCAACUCCAACGUCUGUGGCCCUUCGACGCCGCUCGAUCGAGGUUGAUCCUAUGUGUAGACGGUGUGGAGAGAAGGAAGAGACGGUUGAACACGCUCUGCGCGACUGCCUGUGGGCUGUUUUCUUAUGGUCCAUUUCGCCCCUGCGAUUGGAGCCUAUUCUGAAGGGAACAUUGUGCUCAAUCUCUCCAUGGUUCCAAAGUAUCCAAAGCUGCCCCCAACGUGAAACACAUGCGAUGUUUGCAACGGUACUGUGGUCGAUUUGGUUUGCUAGAAACCUUCUUGUCUUCCAACAGAAGGCGAUGACCCACUUGGACUGUUUAAAUGUUGCUAAUCGGGCUAGAUGGACUUCGCAGCCUUGCGCUUUUUCGCCCUCUCCAGUAGCUAGCACGCUGAUGUGUUCUAGGAGCGGCCAGGUAAAAUUCUCUUGUGAUGCAGCUAUUGAGGAGGGUCGUGGAAUGGGAAUGGGUGUGGUUAAAAGGGAUGCAAACGGAUCUCUGUUGGAUUGUACUUUUGGUUUUGUCCCGGGAGCCUUUUCAGCCAUUGAAGGUGAGGCAUUUGUUGUUCUUGAAGCUAUCAAGUGGUGUUGA